AUCCGGCCCGCGGGCACUUCCGGUUCCGGUGUGGCGGCGGAGUGACGGAGGUGGAGGAGCGGCGGCAUCGUAACGAUGAUUGAAGUCGUUUGCAACGACCGUCUGGGCAAAAAAGUGCGGGUGAAAUGCAAUACAGAGGAUUCCAUCCGUGACCUCAAGAAAUUGAUUGCGGCGCAGACCGGGACCCGAUGGGAUAAAAUCGUGCUGAAGAAAUGGUACACCAUCUUCAAGGACCACGUCACACUUGGGGACUAUGAGAUCCACGAUGGCAUGAAUCUGGAGCUCUACUACCAAUAACUGCCCCAGCCCCCAUCCCGUCCCCUCCCAGUGCCACCAAGGGAGGGAAGACCCCCUCCCUCCCCCCCAUGGGACCCUCCUUCCCCCAAUAGGGCCCACCUGACCCCCAUAGGGCUCUCGUCGCCCUCCAUGGAACCCUCCUUACCCCCCAUGGGACCCUCCUGCCCCCCCCAGGCGUGGCAAUGUUCCAGCCUUGAUGAGGCUUUAAAAGUGUUGUAAACCGCCCAAGAGUGGCUUUCUUUUUUGUCUGGUUUCUAAUAAACGUCGCCCUUCGUUCUCUG